AUGCUGGAGCUUCAAAAAGCCUUGUACACCUGUACUAUGACUUUAUUUCACAUUUUCAAAGUAAAGGCCAGUUUUGUCUGUCAUGUCCAGAAAUCUCAAAUUUGUCAGAAGUUUACGCCACAUAUUUCUUACAGAAACUUUGCAAUAGUACCCUCUUCAAAUCCAGAUAUUCAUACAACUGGUCGGUGUACUUUAAUGCCAGAUCAGUCAGUUCCUCGUCAAAUCCCUCUUUCCUCCUCAAUUCGACUACGCGACUGUACUGGUGUUGAACUUCGACAGGAAUUUAUUAAUUUUUUUCAUCGACAUAAGCAUUCAAUUGUAGCACCUGCUUCUGUAUUUCCAAAGCGUCAUGAAGGAAGUUAUUUCAUCAAUGCAGGAUAG